AUUGUGUAGAAAAGAAAGAGCAAAAAUUAUCUUGUAAUUUUUUGUGUACCAAUUUUACAAAAUUUAAGAUAACUUUCAUUUACCUAAAGUAAUAUUGCAAGAAACUCAAGUGUAAGCAAUUUAAAACAUAGGCGAUCAAAAAUUUUUUGUGAAUAAAGGAACAAAGUUGAUAGCAGCAUCGGAAAAACACACGAAGCAGGAAGUCAUGGCAAAUAAUUAUUUGCAGCCAGUGCAUAAUCAUUUUGAUCUAAAUUCCGCUGACCUAGAAGAUGUCGAUGAUGAUAUUUUUUUGAAUAACUCGCGAACAAAUACCAGUUUAUCUGGACGUGGCAGUGGAGUUGGUGGCGCCGUGGGUGGGCAUAGCACCAACCCAUUCGAUGAGCCACAACAGAUUUAUGCCGAGAGGCGCAGGGAGAUUGAAGCACGCUCGCUGGAGUCUACGCAACGUAGUUUAGGCUUGCUAUAUGAAACGGAAGACGUUGGUAAAGCGACCGCAGUUGAAUUGGCCAAACAACGCGAACAGUUAGAGAAUACAUCACGACAGUUGGACGAAAUCAAUUCAACAUUACGCUUCAGUCAACGUCAUUUAAAUGGGUUAAAAAGCGUAUUUGGUGGACUAAAGAAUUAUUUAUCUGGUAAUCGAGACGUGCCACCGUCACGUUCACCUAGCGAGCAGGGUUGUGAUGCUCAGUCGACGCAACAACAACAUUCGCAAGAAAAUGCCGCCAAUAAUAGCAUAUCACCAAGAGUUAUGUCUCCUACGGAACGCUACGACAAUCAUCCAAUCAGUCGCAUUCGCGAUGAUUCCACUGCAUAUAAACAACGAGAACAGGUACAAGCACAGCGGCGCAAUAAUCCGUUCGAAACGCAAUUGGAAGCAAAUUUAGAGGAAAUGUGCGAUAAUUUGUCGCGCUUGAAAUGCCUGGCUACUGAUUUGGGUGGUGAAAUCGAAUCGCAAAACGAAUUGCUGGACAACAUGAAUUAUAAGGUCGAAGAUGUUGAUCUGAAAAUGAAUAAGCAAAAUAAGGAAAUGUACAAAUUGCUAGGUAAAAAGUGAGCGACGGCAAGGAGCGUUAAUAUGGAUGAACAGCUAAUUAUGCUAAGCGAAUAUAGUAAAUUUUUUGUUAAUAAAAUUUAUAUUUACGUAAUAGACGCAUACAUUAUAUAUUUAACUCACGCAUAUUCUAGUUUUUUAAGUAUAUUUUGCUGUAAAUGAGUAAAAUUAUAGUUUAAUCGAUACAUACAUACACAUAGAUACCUAAAAUUUUGUACUGAGUUCCUGUUCAACUUUUUUCUUUUAAGCAUUCCCCGUUGUAUAAUGGAUUUUAUAGUCUCUUUAAAAAUUUAUAGAUUGUGCAAAAUGUUUUAAUAAAAUGAAUUACGAAAUUUGAAAA